AGACAUGCAAUUUGACGUCAUGCAGAAUACUGGAUCCUCAUCCUGGCCUCCCUGAUCUGAGUGCAUGAUGAGAAGGUGGAGAAGCUAUAGACACCGCUUUGUCCCAUGGCUGGCUCUCAAUUGGAAGACUAGAUCAGUCAAGCAGACAAACCGUCUCUCUGACCUGGUCAAGGAAGAAGCUGGUCUAGCACAGUUGAACACCCUCCUCUCCUCCCUCGCACACACCACACCUCCACUUCCUGUGAGGGACGUCCAAUGGCUGCUCAAGUCACCCUCGACAUUAAUACCCCUGGCAGAUAAGGCAGCAAAAGAGAUGCUGAAAGUGUUUGGAUUUCGACUGGAGCUGAGAGACAGUAACAUCCCAGGGGGAGGGAGGGGCGUGUUCCUAUCGGAGGACUCGUGUACGAUACCCCCGGGAAAGCUUGUAGCUCUCUAUCCUGGCACUGUAUAUCUUCCCUCCGAGCCUGUUCUCCUGCAGUCGCUAGGCAACCCGUUCUUGUUCCGGUGUGCAGAUGGCUGGAUGAUUGAUGGCCAUUCUCGUGGAUUGUCCAACUGGAUCUACAAGUCUUGCGCGUAUCGUGAUGUGAUAGGUCCGCAUAUGUCAUGUGACCUGACGUGGCUGCUGCACACUCCACUCAACCCUCUCUCCAUUGGACAGAUGGUGAACAACCAUUCACCAAGUUUCCGUCAGAACGUGGAGUAUGUGGAGGUAAGCUUGCCCCAGGGGUUUCCAUUGCAGCUGAGACAGUUUCUGCCCAAUGUCUUUUAUAGCAGCUGGACUGCGGACGCUAGGAUGCCGCUGCGACUUGUGGCAUUGAUGUCAACAAAAACUAUUGUACCUGCUCAAGAACUGUUCUCAUCCUAUCUGACUGUUGUAACUGAUCAAUAGAUAGAGCAUUUCUUUACAGUGUUAAUAUUUAGUAUUGUGUGUUCUUCUGUUGUGUUUCUGCAUUACAUGCACAUGCUUGUAAUAGGGUCAGAGGUUAACUUCCUAGCUAGUAGGUUGCUACUGACCUUUGAACCCUCUUUGUUUAUGGACCUUUUGUGUAGUG